UAUUUCAGGCUCCUGCAAUAUCGCAACUCUUGAAGUUACCACAGUAACGUCGUAAAGAGUGUGAUCUGAUUUCCUUCUUCUGCGACCGCAAAAGGAAGAGACUUAACUUGCACACGGAAGAUAUCACAAUAUGUUAAAUUGUUUGGUGUACGAUAAGUACAGGACAUUUCCCGAAAUGUACCGGAAUAGGAACCGAAUGAUCACCUCAUUUCCACACUAUUAUUGUAAUUACAUAUUGUAUUGUCGACGUGAUAAACUAUAAGAAGCAGCUUGACCACGAGAAGCAUCAGUUUAUAGCAGAAGUUUUCACCGGCAGGCAAACUUAAGCUGACGGAGAAGAAGGCAAAGAAGCAUGAAGUGCCUGUGCUUCUUCCUGUUGGUGAGCGCAGUCUUUGUUGCAUCGGAAAAUCCUGAUGAGAAUUUAGGUGUGGAUAAUAAGGAUUUGUUCGAGGGGGAUAUGAUUCUUCCUCCCCAUGUCCUCUAUAAAGCAGAGCACGGAAUGGAUGUUGAUAGCUCCCGCAAAAGAGCAUCCAUCAGACGCGGACUAUGGCCCAAAGGAGAAGUCCCUUUUGCCGUCUUUAAUGGCCUUGGUAGAAGUCCGGAGCUCAGGAAUGCAAUUAGGGCCAUAAUUGCAGGAAUGAAUGAAUGGAGAAGAAAGACAUGCAUCCGUUUUAAGAGGCGAACAAAUGAAAGAGACUACGUAAUAUUUGCUUUACGCAGUGGAGGGUGUUAUUCAAAUGUAGGCAGAAUAGGAGGCCGUCAAAUUAUAAACCUUGGAAGUGGAUGCCGUACUCUAGGAAUUGUUGCUCAUGAAAUCGGCCAUGCCAUUGGAUUCUAUCAUGAACAGUCUCGUCCCGAUAGAGAUCAGUUUGUCACAGUGCUGUUCCAAAAUGUACAAGCAGGGAGAAGGAACAAUUUUAACAAGUACCCAAGGUCAGUCAUUGAUUCUCUCGGCACCCCUUAUGAUUACCGGAGCGUGAUGCAUUACGACGACAAAGCGUUCAGCAUAUCAAAAUGUUAUUGGCCAGAGGAUUGGUUUAAGUUCAACUGAUGCAGAGCAAGCGAACCUUAUGUACCGAAGUGAAUGUGCAAAGAGAGGAGGUGGAGGUGGAG